AUGGUUCCUCUCACCACCGCCCAGUGGACUGUGAACGGCAGCAAUGGGGUCGACAGUCUUCACUUCGAAGGAUCCGUGGCCCUGCCACCGCUGGGCGAGCAGGAUUGUCUGAUCGAAGUGGAAGCGGUGUCCCUCAAUUAUCGGGACCUAGCCAUUACAAAGGGUAUCUACGUCCGUCCAGUGACUCUCCCCGUCGUACCUUGUUCGGAUGCCAGCGGCAUCGUGAUCGCGACGGGAAGCAAGGUCACUCGUUUCCAACGCGGUGAACGGGUCUGCACCUUGUUCAACCAGGGCCAUCUAACGGAUCCGAUUAGCCCUCAAGCGAUGCGGACGGGUCUCGGGGCCGACCUCGCUGGCGGCCUCCGUCAGCACGGCCUCUUCCACCAAGACGGCCUAGUAGCAGCUCCUCCGCAUCUAUCUGCCAUCGAGGCUAGCACCCUAUCGUGCGCCCCGCUGACGGCAUGGAACGCCCUAUAUGGCCUACGGGCGCUCCAAAAGGGCCAAUCUGUGCUAAUCCAAGGGAGUGGCGGUGUUAGUCUCGCCGGCCUACAGUUUGCGCGUGCCGCCGGUGCGUUCGUGAUUGCCACUACUUCUUCUAAUGCGAAGGCCCAACGACUAAAGGAGCUCGGGGCGGAUACGACGGCCAAGAAACGGUCGCCGGGAGGACAGGGGGUGAACCACGUUAUUGAGAUCGGAGGCCCGACUACUUUUGGUCAGUCCGUGAAGGCCGUCGCUCCAGAAGGAGUGAUUUCUGUCGUCGGGUGGCUUGGCGGGACGAGCAAUUCUACCCAGUUAACCGUCUGGGAUGCUAUCUCCGGUCUCGCCAUCUUGCGGAGAAUCAUGGUAGGAUCGAGGGCCCAAUUCGAACAGAUGAACCAGACGAUUGGUAUCCAUGGUAUCCGGCCCGUCGUGGACAAGACCUUCCCAUUUGAGGAGGCGAGAGAAGCGUACCGAUACUUUGAAGAGCAACAGCAUUUUGGAAAGGUAGUGAUUCAAGUUUCUGGCCAGUAA